AGAGAGAGAGAGAGAGAGAGAGAGAGCGAGAGAGGAGGGGGGUGGCUGGUAGGAUUUAGCCCCGGCAGCGUCUUUUCCCGUCCAACACAACAAGCUUAUUACCUUUCUCUCCACGCGCCUGGAAACGGAUUUACGCGCACGAAAGAAGGAGUUUGGAGGACUAGUAGGAUGCUGAGUAUCUUUCCUCCUCACUACUGCUCUCGACCCUGCUCUCCAUGACCUGAGAGCGCCGCCACAGCGGGAGGAACGAAACACGAGAGAGAGAGAGAGAGAGAGAGAGAGAGAGAGGAAGAGGAGGACAGAAGGCCAGGGAAGAAAGGCAGGAAGGAAGAGAAUUUUUUUGUUAUUAUUUGUUUUCCCUUUCUGAGAUGGCGGCAACGGAGGCCAGUGCAGUGCCAGUGGUCCAGGAAGAUGGAAAAACUGCCGAAAGCAAGCCAGUAGAGGUGGAGCAAGCACCCAAAAAUGCCAACACAAGCUCAGAGACUGUCAAAAGCGAGGCUGUCAGUAAAGACGGUACAGCCAUCAACAGCGAGGUUGUUGAUAACAAAGAGACUGUGAAUAACGACACAGCGGCGGCAGACGCAGCAGGAACUGAUGAGGGAGGAGCCGUGGCAACGAGCGAGGAUGCAGCACCUCCUCAGAGCUCCGAAAACAUCACCUCCACUGAGCCCAAGACCUCGUUCCUGGAUUCCUUCCUCAACAAGAGUGGCCUGGGAAAGGUCAUGGGUGGAAGGAAGAAGAAAGAGCAGAGUGCCACCACAGCAGGAGGUGAGGAGAGCGCAGCUGAAGGAGCGGAGAAAGAGGGUGAAAAAGGAGGGGAGGAAACUGCAGCAACUGAGGGAGGAGCAGAGGGAGGUGCAGAAGGAGAGGCAGCGACAGAGAAAGUUGCAGAAAAUGGAGAGAAAGAAGAUGAGAAGAAAGCAGAGAAGGGUAAACCAGCAGAAGCAAAAUCCACAGUUCGAGAUCUGAUUAGGAAGCCUGUGGCUAGGAUCUUCUCCCAUCGUAGCACUGAGAAGAAGGAAGGCGCUGCUGCAGAACCCCAGAAACAAGUAAAGGUCCGGUCCAAGUCCCUGGACCGGCUGGAAGAUCCCGAAGCACUUAAUACCACUGCAGACUCCAUCGUAGAGGAAGGAGGAGCAGCAGGAGGUGCAGAAGAAGAGCAGAAAGCCUCUGCCUCUUCAGCAACCACUAAGCACAUGAAACGCUGGCACUCUUUCAAGAAACUCAUGGCUCAGAAGGCACACAAGAAGAGUGGAGGGGGUGAGGAUGGGAAGGAGGAAGGCGCAGAGGGCGAAGGAGGUGGGGGAGAUUCCUCCACGCUCGACUCCAAGGAGUCAGGCCAGAAGAGGUGGAAGCUGAAACGUUCCUGGACCUUCCAGGGCCUGAAGAGGGACACUUCCAUGUCCGGCAUCAGUGGUAAGGCCAAGGGCUCCGACAAAGACUCCGCCGACAAUGCCAAGCCGGAGGAGCCUGCGGGAGGAGCUGAGGGAGGAGAAGAAGCAGCUAAGGUGGAGGGAGGAGCAGAGGAGGGUAAGGUGGAGGGAGGGGAGGAAAAGGAGAAAGCAGAGGGAGGCGAGGAGGAGAAGGCAGCAGGAGGUGGAACGGUGACGCAACAUGCCAAUGAGAUCUGGACCUCCUUCAAGAAGCGUGUCAUCCCCAAGAGCAAACGCGCCAAUACAGAGUGCCCCCCUGGCGGGGAGGAGGAUGCACCUCCAGUCACAGCCUCAGGUGAGGAGGGAGCAGCAGAGGAAGGCAAAGAUGGCAAAUCAGCCAAAGCCAAGCGUUCACAUUUUGGCCGUGCAGUUUCCCUGAAGAACUUCCUCAUGCGAAAGGGCAAGUCCACCAGCGUGGACACGGGUGAGGGCGCCAAGGAGGAGGAGGAGGUCGCAGAGGGAGGAGAAGCAGCAGCAGAGGAGGGAGGCACCGACGGUGAAGCUGCCACAGCGACCGAGGAGACCAACGACAAAGAUGCAGCAGCCGAGAAGACACCAGCAGAGGAGAGCGGAGCAGAGGCGGAGAAGGAGACCGAGAAGACGACGACCGAAGCUCCAGUGACCAACGGGGAGAAUGGCUGCUCCAACGGCACAGAGGAGGAGAACGCCACACACAAUCACCAGGAGGAGGAGGAGAAGACGACGGGGAGCAGCCCCGUGAAGAAGAGCAAGGAUGCAGGAGGGGUGAAGGACGAGGCCAACGCCAAGAUCAUCAAUGCCACAGCGGCUGUGAACAGCGACAAAAAGGCGGGAAACGUGUGAGGCCACACAAAGAGGAUUAGAACUGCCCGGGAUUCGCUGAGCAAGGAGCUCUGAGCCCCACCCCCAACUCCUCCACUUCCUCCUCCUAUUUCCUCCCUGUCCUCCUCCUCCUCUCUCCCUUCAUCCCUCCUCCCGAUAAACGGAGUAAUCACAUGUUAACAGACCGACAUGGUGAGAAACAAGAGACAGAGAGAAAGAUGCAAUUCAUGUAGAUGAGAAGAAAAAUAAUCACUCAGAAAGCAAUAAUUCAAGCCCUUCUUUUUGUCCCUCCAUCCAUCCAUCCAUCCAUCAUCAUCCAUCCACCCAUCACCUCCGUCCAAUACAAACAUCCAGUGUUUCCUUUUUUAAUCCUUUCUUUGCUUGUCUGUGAGAUUUUAUAUUGUCUACAAGAGAAAAUAAAAAUAAAAAAUGAAAAUCGAGACAUUCCACUUCCCUUCCCCUUCUCUCCUGAAGCUCUACCGACUCCGGAUUGGUGGAUUAUAUUAAAAAAAAAGAGGGAAAAAAAGACUGUUAGUUUUAUAAUGACAGCCAUUUUGGUUUGUAGUCCCCCUCCUCCUCUUCCUCUUCCUCCCCAUCUUUGCCCCCAUCUGCCCCCGUAGAUAUUUGACAGUACAGCAGGAUCAUGUUGCUACCGUAUAUAAACUGCCCCAAGGACUGCCACUUCCCCACCAACACUGCAAUGUCUUCAGCUCUGUGUGUUUAAUGUUUUUAGACUGUUAUAUUGUGUACAUGAAUUUAAAAAAAAAAGAAAAGAAAAAGAAAAUCCAUCAUUGAAUAUUAAAGUCAGACUUUUUUCUCUUUUUUUUUUUUGGUUCCUGUUUGGUUUGAAUUCUCUUUUCUUUUUUGUUUUUAUUUUUUAAAAACAUCUUCUCACUGUUACCGACGAUUAUGCUGUAAUUAAAAUAAUAAUAAUAAUGAUGAUGUUUUGUUGGUCCAAGUUUUCACAUGUCCGCUAGCAAAUUGUCAAGAAAAAAUAGUACAAUAAAGACUAAAAUCUAACAACUAAA